CUCUAUACUCAAAAUGCAUCCUCCCUCAUUGCGCAGAUCUGGGAUUUGAUUGGGGAAAGCAGUGGGGUGUUAUUAGCGCAAGGGGGGAAAUAAUGGUGUAUGGUUUGUAUUAUUUGAAUUGGGCCUAUGACUAUUUAAAAACAAAAACAACAAAAAACACGAGUGCUGAAAACGGUUAUAUUCUUAAUUCCCAUUCCUUGCAUAAGGAGUUGGCAAGAGAAAAACAAGACUGGCACCCAGGCUAGGCGCCUUCGUUCAGCCCAUGACGUCAGCGUGGUUCCAUCUGGACCAAAGAUCUGGACUGGGGAACGAGCGGAAAACACUAUCGCUAAACUCAAAACUGCUGCCUGGUACAUUUGGCAUCCUCACAUCAGCGACGACAACCAAGUGACAGCUUUAUUCUGUUUUCUUGAUGAUAUGAUGGAGCGAUGCUUUAGUGUUAGCGGGGACAGUGGUGGCCUCACAGCCCCUGCUUCUCCCUCCCCUGCCCCUCCUGUGCCUCCCGUCCUCACCCCGACCCCCCCACCGCGGAGAGCCAGAGUGAGGUACCUAGCCAUGGUGGACGUGGGGAAGUGGCCCCUCUUCACCCUGCUGGGAGCCCAGGAGGUCUCCAGCAUCAGGCAGGCCUGCGUCUUCGGCAGCUCGGCCAACGAAGCCAUCUACAUCACCCACGACGAUGAGGUGUUUGUGUUUGGGCUGAACUGCAGUAACUGUCUGGGGACAGGAGACAGUCAGAGCACCAUGGUCCCUAAGAAACUAGACUUCCUCCAAGGCAAGAAGGUGGUCAGUCUCAGCUAUGGCAGUGGACCACACGUCUUACUGGCCACAGAAGGGGGAGAGUUGUUUGCCUGGGGGCACAAUGGAUACAGCCAGCUGGGCAACGGGACCACCAACCAGGGGGUGUCGCCCAUCCUGGUAUCAACCAACCUGCAGAACAAGAAAAUAACACAAGUGGCCUGUGGGUCCCAUCACUCUCUGGCCCUGACACAUGAUGGAGAGGUGUUUGCGUGGGGUUACAACAACUGUGGCCAGGUGGGUUCAGGCGCCACAGCCAACCAGCCAACCCCCCGCAGGGUGUCCAACUGCCUGCAGGGUAAAGUGGUGAUGGGCAUCGCCUGUGGACAGACCUCCUCCAUGGCCGUGCUCGACAAUGGGGAGGUGUUUGGCUGGGGCUACAACGGGAAUGGCCAGCUGGGAGUGGGCAACAACGGUAACCAGCUGACCCCCUGUCGCCUGGCAGCCCUCCAGGGUCUCUGUGUACUACAGAUAGCGUCAGGCUACGCCCACUCCCUGGCUCUAACAGACGAGGGCCUGCUGUAUGCCUGGGGGGCUAACACCUACGGACAGCUGGGGACUGGCAACAAGAGCAACCAGCUCAGUCCUGUACACAUCAUGGCUGAGAAGGAGAGGGGAGAGGGAGAGAGGCCCGCCGUAGGCAGCAAAAGGACAAGGGAAAACACUGAAGAGGCGUGGCACAGAGAGACAGACAGGAUAGUGGAGAUCGCGGCGUGCCACUCCACACACACGUCUGCCUGUAAGACCCAGAGCGGCCAGGUGUACAUGUGGGGCCAGUGUAGGGGUCAGUCAAUCGUGCUGCCACACCUCACACACUUCUCAAGCACUGACGACGUCUUCGGCUGUUUCGCUACGCCCUCUGUCAUGUGGAGGCUACUCUCCAUGGAGCAUGAUGACUUCCUGACUGUGGCCCAGUCUCUGAGGAAAGAGUUUGAUAGCCCGGAGACGUCCGAUCUCAAGUUCAGCGUGGAUGGGAAAUACAUCCACGUACACAAGGCCGUGCUCAAGAUCCGGUGUGAACACUUCCGCUCCAUGUUCCAGUCCCACUGGACUGAGGACAUGAAGGAGGUGAUCGAGAUCGACCAGUUCUCCUACCCAGUCUACCGCUCCUUCCUGGAGUUCCUCUACACUGACAAUGUAGACCUGCCCCCAGAGGACGCCAUCGGCCUGUUGGACCUGGCCACAUCCUACUGUGAGAACCGUCUGAAGCGCCUGUGUCAACACAUCAUCAAGAGAGGCAUCACCGUGGAGAACGCCUUCUCUCUGCUCUCUGCCGCCGUGCGAUACGACGCUGAGGACCUGGAGGAGUUCUGCUUCAAGUUCUGUGUGAACCACCUGACCGAGGUGACCCAGACUGCAGCCUUCUGGCAAAUCGAUGGCAACAUGCUCAAAGAGUUCAUCUGCAGAGCCAGCCGCUGUGGGGCCUUCAAGAACUGACUGACCACUGACCAGCCCCGAAGGAAGGACGAGGAAAGGGCUAGCGUGAACUGGUUUGGCUUGACACCAUUUGGCCAUGGUAGAAAGGACAAAGAAAGAAGUGGUAUGAACAUGGAAACGGCUAGCUUGAACCGGGUCUCUAAAUUGCCAUAUUAUUAAUCCUUUGAGAAGACGUCUGGCGUGGUCAUCUGGUGGCUAUGGCCCACCUCCAGUUACACAGCCAAAGAAGCCAAUUCCAGUCCCUGCCUAUGCGCCUAAUAUUCCACAUAGACAGGUGGCGCUGUGGGGAGGAGAGGAAGUUCCUCUGCCAGUCAAAACAGUGACAUCAGAGGUCAUUGUCUGUCACUGCAUGUUUACAAACCUGCUAAAUGGCAUCAGACUGCUCAGUUAGCACCAGUUUAAUUGGAGGACCAUUGAUCUAGCUUAAGAUGGACACUGUUACAUUCCUGACAAUGUCUGGUGACAGCUAAUGCACCGAUGCAGGCGAUGGCAGUCAACCCCCCCCGAUUUGCAUACCUUUUUUUUGCAUUAAAGUUGUGUACUUUGCUCUACUGUUGAAGGGUUGGACGUGGCAGGCCAGAAAUAUAUUUUACAGGGUUGGUGGUUCAGAGCCUGUGUAUGUUUUGAGGAAAUGACAGUUUUAAUAUGAAUAGUAAUAUGCUGUGGACUGACAGUCAUUUAUUAAUUCAGGCACUUUAAUUCUAGACUUGAGAUGAACAUGGUGAUGUAAUGCAACACUGAGCAGGAACUUGGUUUUCAACUCAUCAGUUCUUUUACCAGACAGACAACAAAACAUUUGGACCAUAUAACAUUUGUUACUGUCAACUUUUUUAUUGUUACAAAAAAAUGAGGUAUUAUCUCAAUUUUGUAAUAUUACUUAUAGCAUUCCUUUGGUUAAGAUUUACCCCCCCAGUGUUUCUACUGAAAUUUGAAUUCAAUGCAUUGUAUUCUUCUAUUUUUUAAAAGUUGCUUAUGUUUAUUUUGCAAUUACAUUUAUUUAGAAAUAUUGACAAUUGUUUAGGAUGGAAACAGUUGCUAUUGGUGCCACAAUUCUCAACAUGUUUAUCGACUUGCAAGUCAUGAGAAGCAACCACUUUGAAAUAAACGAAACUACAUUUUUGUA